AUGGAAACCAAUACGAAGAGUAACGGUGAUUGGGACAUUCAAGUCAGUUAUAGUGUACCUGGUAGCAGCCUUAACUACACGCAAACCUUGCAAAACACUAUCACAGACGCAGUGUAUCGUGUUGGUCGUACUAUUACAUGCUAUUAUGCUACUAAUGAUAACGCGUACAUCAUGGCCAACGUUGUGUCUGUAAGUGGAGGAACCAUCUUCGCUUUGAUUAUACUUUGUAUUUUAUGCAUUCCCCUUGUUUUCGGAGUAAUGUAUCUCCUAAGAAUAGUUUUAGUGUAUAUUUCUGAUCACCUAAAAGCAAUGGCCAAAAGUAUCAGUCAAAAUCUUGCCAACUGUGCGACAAAAUUGCGAUCACUGUUCAAAACAGAGGGAUUUGAAAGCCAAAGCGAAUGUGACACAUCAAGUCCCGAAAAAUUAAUGUCCAACCGCGACGUUGGCUAUGCUUUGAUGCCUAUAGCAAAUUUUAAAGCAUCUCUGGGACAUACCAAGUUAUGGCUGAAAGCAAGAUGUACUUUUUCCAGACCAAACACAAACCUUCACAAAGACAUGUGCCAAGAAUCGUUUAUAACACAAGAUACUUUCGGUUGUAGCCCCACUUCAACUGAGGAGCUACCGUUAUAUUCGAAAGACGGAUGCAAUGUACCUCCAUAA